AGGCCGGCCCGUAGCGAUGGCGGUGAGCCGACAUUCAUGAAAAGCGAAAAUCACAACAGAAACAAAAUUCACAACAAUAACAGGUAAGAACCCAUCACGCCACAGAUGCUAGAACAACCACGAACAUGAAGCUUUGCUUCCACCCCUUCUCUCCUUUCUAGUCUCUACACCUUUCCCACCAUGCCAUCCCGUCCGAUUCCUCCACCGUUAUUUCUCCCAUUUGUCACUUCCCCUCCUAUAGCUACACCUUCUCCCACCCAAUUCCCACAUCACCACCGUCUUCUCUCUUCCCGUCUCCUUCCCCCUCUCACCGCUGCCACAGCCGCCUUCUCCUGCCUACUACUUUUCGCUGUCUGCUUCUGUAAAAUCAGCCGCAAGCGCACUGUCCCUUCUGAUUCUAAGCCACCUCACCGCUUCUCUUACUCUACCCUACGCCGCGCCACCGAUUCCUUCUCCCCUUCCCUUCGCCUGGGCCAAGGUGGGUUUGGUUCCGUAUUUCGUGGCACUCUCCCAAAUGGACAACUGAUCGCCGUGAAAGUCAUGGACUCGGGCUCUCUGCAGGGCGAGCGUGAGUUCCAAAACGAGAUUCUUUUUGCCUCGAAACUUGAGUCUCCUUACAUCGUCACGGCCCUUGGCUUCUCCUCCGAUCGGAAACAUCCGACGAUGUUGCUUAUAUAUGAACUCAUGCCUAACGGCAACUUACAGGAUGCCCUUCUCCACAGGAAGUGCCCCGAAUUGUUGCAGUGGAGUAAAAGGUUUAGCAUUGCGGUUGAUAUAGCUAAAGGGAUCGAGUAUCUUCAUUGUUUGGAUCCGCCUGUUAUUCAUGGCGAUAUAAAGCCCAGUAAUAUUUUGCUGGAUCAGUGUUUUUCGGCAAAGAUUGCCGAUUUUGGAUUGGCGUGGCUGAAAACAGAUAAUCAAAAUCAGAAUCAGUGCGAGAUUAAGGUCGAAGAGAGUGAUGUGGGGAAGAUGAAUGGUGGAUCGGAGUUGAACAAAGCUGAAUUAGAGAGUAAUAAUGGGGCUCCAAUUGAUGAUUAUGGAUCUGUGGUGGAGACCGAAAGUGUAACUACAGGGUUCGAGGAGUUCAACUUGGGAGUGGAGCAGUCCCCUGAGAACUUUCUUAGGGGACCUGUUUCAAUUUCUGCAACAUCGCCGGAGACGGUAGAGGCUGUAAGUGCCUCGCCGGAGGCAGGUGGGUUGGCAGUGCCGACUGAGGUGAAUUUCGAUAGGGCCAGUGUUGAGAGUGGGAACGAAUUGAUUAAUGGAAGGAAAAUGAGAGACAGAAGGAUGAAGAGUGCAUCUGGAGGGGACUGGUGGUGGAAACAAGAUAACAGUGGCGUGGUGGAGAAUGGAGCGGUGAAGGACUAUGUGAUGGAAUGGAUUGGAACAGAGAUAAAGAAGGAGAGGCCAAAGCGCGAUUGGAUUGGAGCGUCUUCAUCGAGUAAUCAAACAAUUGGGAAAAUAGAUAAAAAGAAAAGUCGAAAGCGUUUGGAUUGGUGGGUUUCGUUGGACGAGGAGAAGGAAGAGAAGGUUUUGAAGAAGGAGAAGAGAAGGCCGCCUAGGGAGUGGUGGAAGGAGGAGUAUUGCGAAGAAUUAGAGAGAAAGAAGAGAAAGAAAAAGAAGAAACGAAAUAUGGGGAUGACCGGGGAUGACAAUGGAGGCCAAGAAGUGUGGUGGCCAAGGGAUGAGGAAUUGCAAGUUGAGAGAAAGAAGAAGAAGAAGAAGAGUAGGAGUAGAAGUAGUCUAGGCAGUAUUGACUGGUUUAGCGGUGAGCUAUUUAGAGGUACCUACAACAGCCAUGAUUCUUUAAGCGGAGAGAUAGCAAAGAGUGGAGGAAUUAGCAGUACACCGAGUAUGAGAGGAACUAUUUGUUAUGUUGCCCCUGAGUAUGGAGGCGGUGCGCUUUUAUCAGACAAGUCUGAUGUGUAUAGCUUUGGAGUUUUAUUGCUAGUUCUUAUUGCUGGAAGGCGUCCGCUGCAGGUUACAAACUCGCCCAUGUCUGAAUUUCAACGUGCUAAUUUAAUACAUUGGGCUCGUCAUCUGGCACGCGCUGGAAAGCUUCUUGAUUUGGUUGAUCAGUCUGUACAGUCUUUGGAUCGAGAUCAAGCUCUUUUAUGCAUUACUGUUGCUCUUCUGUGUUUGCAGAAGUGUCCUGCUCGCCGGCCUUCCAUGAAGGAGGUUGUGGGGAUGCUUACUGGUCAAUUAGAGCCACCUCAAUUACCGAUUGAAUGUUCUCCUUCACCUCCAUCGCGCUUCCCCUUCAAGUCUAAGUCAAAUAAGAAGGUCCGGUGAGUUUUUAACGUUGGGUGCCAAUAUCAAUGAACAGUAGUAUGUUUCUAUAGAUCAUUGUUUGGUCAUCUUUGUGGAUGAUACAUGUAAAGGAAUAUAUUUAUAUAAACAUGAAAUAGAUUAAAAUAGCUUUCACUUGCA